AUCAUCAUCAUCAUUUCUCUCUUUCUUUAUUCUCUUUCUUUAUCUUCCCAGCUACUAGUUUUUCCCAUUUAACUCCCAGUGAUCAACUAGAUAACAUUCAAUUCCUGUUUCCAAGGUAAUUGUGAUUAAACAACAAUCAACAACAACAAUUUGAUUCGCAAUUGAAAAUAAUAGUUAUCAUUAAACAUCACAAUGUUUUUGUUUUCAUCAUCUCCAUCAUUGAUUGAUUGAUUAAUAUUACUUUUCUUUUUCAUUGAUUUAAGGCUAAACUAUUAUUAUUGUUGUUAAAUUGAUCAAUUAAUUAUUAUUGUUAUUAGUUUGUGAUUAUGUCGACAGGUAAAAGUAAUCAAAAAUUGACCAGAAAAAAGGUAAAUCGUGAAACAGUUGAUUAUAUGAAAGUGUCAAUGGAAUCAGAUGAAAAUCUUUUAUUAACUGAAUCUUUUCCACCAACAAUUAAGAAACCAUCAACUUUAUUAUCUACAUCAGUUCAUUCAUCCUUUUCCUCAUCAUCAUCAAGAUCAUCAUCUUCAUCUUCAACUUCAUCAGCAAUCACAACAAUAAGAAAUGAUGAUAAAUCAUUGACUGGCAAUGAAAAUGUUGAUAAUUCAAUUGGAUUAAGAUUACAAUCAACUGGAACAAUUAAAUCACGAAAACCUCGAUUAUUUCGCCAACCAAAUGCUCUUAUGGAUACAAGUCCUAAUCAACCAUCAGCAUCGUCAUCAUCUCAUGUGGAUAAUCUUAAUCCACUUCCCUCAUCAUCAACAAUUAACGAUUCUUCAACAAUUAGAUCAACCUUUCGUCCAGUGCCUCAAGUAUCAGUAACAUUAUCAUCACCCGAUAAUCCAUUUGAUGAUUCAACCAUUGAAUUUAUUGAUUCUGAUUACGAGCAAUCAAGUGGUUCACCAGUUAAUAGUGACAAUUUGGUAACAAUUAAUCAAACUAAUAGUGAGAAAAUUAGAAAUCAUUUAGUUGAAACAAAUAAAAUGGAAUCAAAUGAAAAUAGUAACAUUGGUGCUAAUUCAGUUGAGACAAAUGAUGAACUAAAUGUUAGCCAAGAAAGUGGUGGAAAUAUAAAUGGACCUGAAGGUCAUUCGAUCGGAAGUGUAGGGGGUGAAGGUCGAAGUAGAACAAGAUACUUGACUCGAACUUUGGCCCUUUUAAAGCUUCAAUAUCUUCGAAAGUCUCGAAGUGAAGACACUGGUGACCAAGAGACCAGGAAUAUUCGUCGUCUCUCCGAACGGCCAACUGGCCUGAUCGGUGAUCCAAUGAUUCCCUCAACUCACCUUGGUCAUCAUCUUAAUCAUCAUCAUGCCUCGAUCGCCAAUAAAAGUUUAUCAAGUGCCUCCCUUUGUGGAUCAUCUUUGGCCACUUCACCUCCUAGUUCACUACUUGGACCCUCGCUGUCUAAAGGUGAUUCAGGUGAAAGAGGUGGAAACGGAAACAAUAUCCAUCCAUCCAGUGGAAACUAUCCCACCGGUAGUUUAGUAAAUGGAUCAACCUCUGAACCUGAACCUUACAUCCUGGGAAUUCAUGUUCACAAUACUGAUCGUAAAUUGAAAUCAGCUAAAUCAGUUGUUCAUCCGGUUGUUAAAAUUCACAUAAUCGACACAGAGACUUCAUCUUAUCUUAUUAAGAAACACUCUGAUAGAGAUGUGGCCUUUUACUAUGAAACCGGAAACUCGAAAAAUAACUUUAUCCUUCCGGUUAUGACCCAAAACUGUGACAUGUUGACCAGAAUACGAUAUCCACGUUAUCCAAUUUGGGAAGAAUUGUUACUUUAUAAUGAAGAUUAUUCUCACUUUCUUUCGGAUAAUGUGAUCAUCUUUUUUGAGAUUCUUGAUUUUCUAACGUUUUCUGGUCCAUCGGAUAAACGGUACAACUCAAUGAAACGGACUGAAUGGUGGUACAGAAUCGCUUGGGCAUUUCUGUCGUUAAAAUCCUCCGAUGGGUCAUUUAAUACUGGACGAAAGCUCCGAUUACAAUUGUACAAACCGAUAUCACAGAAAGUAACGAUUGACCCCAAGAAUCCCCACACAACAGAGUUAUUUGAAUGGUGGAAGAAUCAGAAAUUAAUUACAUUCCCUGGAUCAAUUUAUGUGACCGUUAGUCCGAUUCCCUUGAUUGUUAGUCGAGAAACAUUUUGUCCAUCAUUCCGUUCAUAUGGACCAUUCCAACCGGAAACGAAUUCAGUCCCAAACUAUCAACAAAAUUAUGUUAACCAAACAAAUGGACACUUUCCCCACAAUGACCACCACCAUCAUCAUCACUUUAAUCAAGGUCUUCCUCGUCGGCCUUCAUCGGCAAUCAGCAAUUCGACCAUUGAAAGGUCACCAUCGACAACCUCAAAUCCACCAGGGGCAAGUGGCCAACAAACAAAUGCCGUCAAUAAGUCACUAGACUCUGCACUGGAAUUGCGUCUUGGAACAUCAUCAUCAUCUCCAGGUCAUAAUAAUAAGGAAAUCGUUCAUGAUCCAAAUCAGCCGAUUGUUAUUUGGAAUCGGCUGGAAGGAGCUCCUUGUAAGAUACCGAAAAACCUUUGGCAUCAAUUUUCCGCCGGGAAUAAUAAGUGUUCAUAUGCAAUUAAGUUCUCUUGGGAUGGACGGAAAGUGGCCUGUGGUGCAUCAGUUUUCACCGCUUAUCGUUCAAACGAGAAAAGAUCAUCAAUAUUUAUCUAUGAGAUUCCAUCAGGUAGAUUCAUGAAGAGAGUCAAUGGUUUUCAUUCUGGUGCGAUCUAUGAGAUCGAUUGGUCUCCGAAUGAUAAAUAUCUCGUUUCCGCUUCGUCCGAUUGUACUGCUCACGUUUGGAAUAAUGUUAAAGAAUAUCAAUCAUCAAUCUUACUACCACAUCCUUGUUUCGUUUACACGGCUCGAUUUCAUGUAACCAGGUCGGGAAUUGUUUUCACGGGCUCUUAUGAUGGUCUCAUUAGGAUUUGGUGUAUCAAAUUAAGCCUCGAAUCAACUGCAGUCGAACCUCAACUUGUCCAGGAGAUCGAUUGUUUCUAUGGUCAAGUUUUAUCUUUAGCGUGGAAAAUUAUUCCACCCCCACCGCCUCCAUCAUCAUCGUCAUCAUCCAAUUCCAAUAUUGUUCAUUCAAUUCCAAUUGUCACUCUUUUUGCCUCCGGCAGUAAAGGUGAGAUCGUCACACUUUCCCAGCGAGAUGUAACUUCCGAUUUCACUUGGUACCUUAGUGGAUCAAUUAAGAUCAACGAGAUAAUCGAGGUUCCAGUUAAUAAUAUUGUUGUUCAUCCUCAAUCCAAUAAGAUCUUAAUCUGUUGCAGAGAUGGAGUCCAACGAAUGAUUGAUUAUCAACUAGAGUUAAUUGUUCAACGAUUCACAGGCUCCUUAAAUUUUCACCAUUUAAUUCGUGGUUGCCUUAGUCCUUGCGGUCGAUUUGUAUUCGCGGGCGGUGAGGACAGUUUAGUCCAUUGUUGGAAUGCAGAUACAGGUGAAAAACUAUUUACUUACAACGAAUUACCUUUCAAAGGACCAAUAUCUUGUGUUGAAUUUCAUCCGCUAGAUAAUAUUCUAGCCAUUUGUGGCCUUAACGCUCGAACCAUAUCCGUGUGUCUAUUUAAUCACGAACUACCCAAAGUAAUUACACCGAAACCAAUUGUAGGUAAAUCUAUUCAAUCGUCAAACAUGAUAACCGCAUCAUCUUCAUCAACGAAACAAGGAUCACUCAACGAUUCGAUUAAUAGCCUCUCAAAUCAUUCGAAAUCUGAUUCUUCCGGUAAAACUUCAUCUCGAUUUGAAUUGUUAAGGAGUAAAACAAUAGACCAAUCAAAUAACGUCUCAGAAUCAGGAGCGAUUCGUCGGAAAUUUCAAAGUUCAACGAGCCAUGAGGAGAUUAGAAUUCGCAUUACGAACCAAAUCAAUCGAUAAAAGAUGAUCAACCAUCUCAUGUAACACAAUUAAAUCAUAUUCGCCUUAAUUAUGGAAAUAAAUAUAACAACAAUUAACCAAAUUCAGUAGCAAUCACAUGGUAAAUGAUAUAAUCCUUUUGGAUGAAAUAAUAAAAUGAUCACUUUUUGUUUUCUAAUUGUAACAUAAUAUAAAUAAAUGUACAUUUACAGAGAUAAUCAAUUAACGAUAGAUUAAAGUUAAUUACACAUAUUAAA